AUGACCGUGAAAUUGUUUAUGGGCCUGGCGAUGGCCGGCCUCAUCUCAGCGAGUAGCAGCGUAACUUCUAUGUUUCUCCUUGGCUUAGACCCACAAUCCUUGGAAGCUUCUAUCGUUGGCAACGACGCCACUGCAACAACCUAUAGGGUCAGUUGUGCUCCUCCGACCGCGACCGCGAGCGAUGACUAUGACUAUGACUGUGGCUUGGGCCCUGGUCUCACUGUCACAGAUGCGUCGCCGACUAUCAUCUACGAGCUGAACGAAAAGCCAGAAUUCUAUAUGACCGUCGAGUGCUCCGUGGCCGGAACAACCUCUGCUGUUUGCACUGAAACUGCCGGCGGGCCUGAAGCCAACUUCCCGGGAACUACUAUCUCAACUCUCCAGCAGAGUGAAAUGGCCUUUGUCCCGGUAACGAUCACCGCUGGGUCUGUUACCAGUGUGGCGGCGACCGCUUCGGCCACCACCACCAGCACGGCCGAGUCAGGCAGUCAGGGCACUACCUCAGCGGCCCAGACUUCUUCGAAGUCUUCUUCUUCUUCUUCCUCUUCGGGCUCGAGCUCCAGCUCUUCGGCCGUGAGCACCGGUGGUAUGCCCCAGAUUACUGGAGAUGCCAGUAUGCUGUUCGGAGGUGCCGUUGUGGCCUUGGCCGCUGCUGUCCUUUAA